CCCAUAUUCCAUUCCGACUGACGUGGGAGGUUGGGGGGGAUGGAGUGGCAUUUUGGUAAAAUCAUCUUAAGGCAAAGCGCCCUUGUACCGUAUAAAACCCCGACGCUUCGUUCGAGAGAAGUUGCCAAACGCCUAAACGUCAGUUGGCUCACAUUCUCCAAGCAAUUAAAUUAAAAUACAUCGGGCAAAAUUAAAAGACUGUCCCGAUAGAAAUAGAGCAGUGAAGAAGCAGCAACAAGGAGAAGCAAGCAAUGGCAGCGGCAAGCUUUUCGGGUCUCCUCGCCUUGUUGUUCAUGGUGGCCUCCUUCGUCACAUAUCCUGUCACGGCGGCCACAGUCGGCGACUACCGGCUGCGGUGGGUGCCAGUGAGAGGCGGGUGCGAAGGCUCCAUAGAGGAGUGCAUGGGAGAGGGAGGGACGAUGGAGAUGGAGAUGAGCCGGCGCAUCUUAGCGACGUCACAGUAUAUAAGCUAUAGGGCGCUGCAGAGGAACACGGUGCCGUGCUCUCAGAAAGGUGCGUCCUACUACAACUGCCAACCAGGUGCGGCAGCUAACCCUUACACCCGAGGCUGCGCCGCCAUCACUCGUUGCCGCACUAAUUAGUAUUAUAUUCGACGUCUAUUCUGAGUAAGGCUUGUGGUGGUGUUCGUUUCUAGUGUUUCUCUUUCGUUAUUCCUACUUGCUUGUGUAAAAGAUGUGAACUUAUUGUGCGCUUUAAUUUGGCUCAUGGUUUGCAUAUACCAGAUGCAAGCGAUGCCAUAUGUAUAAAGUUAUUUACUCAGAUAUGUUCGUACAUAGCUUUUAUUGCCGAUAGUAAAUUAGAUCUUUGGGACAUGAGCUACGGAAGUAAGUGAAGUGGAUAGUUUAUUAGGUUCAUCAAACUACAUGAAAAUUCACGUUGUGUCAUCAUCUCCGGCGGCUCACGUGGGAUUAUGAGUAGUUUAGAAUAUCUAGCUCGGGCAAUCAUUUGAAACUAACUGCGCGUCAAGUUAGAUAAUAGUCUUGGGUUUAGGAACUACGGCUAUGGGGGAUGCACUUUUCUCCAUGGGGAUGUGAGCCAAACUUCUUCUUUC